GUCCUGGGUCGUGUAUCACUGAUUUAUGUGAUUUUAGUUAAGUCCAUGAUGUAUUUCAACUCAUUGUUAUCAUACUUUGGGAGUAUGCAUUUUUUGAGUUCUCCAGUAGAAGCAGAAGAAAUUAAAGAGACCUGUGCCUUUUGUUUUCUCAGUUUCAGGAGUGAAAUUUUAGGAGAGCUAUCUAACUACUUUCUGCCUGUGUCAUUAGAGCAAAUUACAGAUGCUUUUGGGAAUUUUGAAUAUUCCUGGACCUUCGAGCGAAGCUUGUUGGUGUUAUUUGGUCUCUGGAAUAUGUGUCAGGCUUUGCUGCUGACAAAACUGUUUAGGAGGAGUGUAGCGAUUCUAACUUCUGUGGCAGGAGUUGCCGCUUUUAAAGUGGCAAAGUCUGUGACAGCUACUGCACCCCCCUUGACAGACUCUUCAGAGCUCCAGUUACUGACUUGGAUACAGCAGCCACUACAACUGCAAUGUCAGUUUCUGCAUCCACUCAGACCCCCACAACAUGUGAUGUGGCCGUUCAGACUUCAGCAGUAUUAAUUGGCUCAACCAAGAGGAAGCAAAAGAAAGUACAAUUGGAAUCCAUUGUGAAGGAAGAUGAGGAAGAGGAAGCAGAGAGUUCUUCUACCACAGAGCACGGAGAGGUUGUUUCUGGAAUAGAGCAAGGUGAUGAUGAAAAAGAAUCAGAGUAGGAAGAAGAGGGCUCUUCUACAGCUCCUCCCACAGGCCUUUCUAAAUUCCUUGCACUGUGAUCCCAGGCUACUACAGCAAAGCCACCAGUGCAUCUUUCUACAACAAAGUGACCAGCAAAGUGCGAGCUAAUAAAACACUCCUUAUGUCUGAAGGAGCUGAGGACUGUGAAACAAAACUUUAGCCGUCGUGAAGGUGAGCCAAUUGUCACUUGGCUCAUUUGAUGCUGGGACAAUGGAGCUAAUAGUUUGGACUUAGAUGUCAGUGAAGCCAGUCAGUUGGGAUCCCUGGCUAGAGAUGGUGGCAUUGAUAAGGCAAUUGCAAAGAAGAAACGAAGUCAAAGCCUCUGGAGAAGAAUUUUGUCAGUAGUAAAAAUCAGGUACCCUUUAAAAAAUUAUGUCAUAUGCCACCCAAACAAAUGGACUACUAUGGAGAGAGGUAUUAGGUAUCUGAGAGAACUGGCUGUGUGAGAGAUAAUUUACAGUGACCCAUAGACACUUAUAGAUCCUGAUGAAGUGCCAUGUACCCGAGGUAUAAUGCGGAAGUUUGUGCAGAGCACACCACCGUCUUAUGCCCACACUUUAGGAUUACUCACCCUUUCAAAGGACGAUCUGUCAGCUGUGGAUGAAGUAGCAGACAUGUUGCGGCAGUAUGAAGACACUCUUUCUUCUCCCCUACAAGCCUGUGUCGCAGCUGUGGAGAAACUGUGUGACAAACUGUCCAAGAGGGAGGACAGAUCCUACUCAUCACAUACACGGGCCCGAGCCACAGCUAUUGGGAAGAAAUGCCCUUUUGCAGCAUCAGCCUGAGAGAAAUGCAACAUGUCACGAGGUGAAUUAUGGUUUCUUCUGCAUGACCAGGGAGAAGAUAUGAGUAAUUGGCAUGGCAAACCCACUGCUGACCUACAGGAAUGAGUACGUGAGUUGAAAAAGAAAGCUCCCAAGAGAAAAGCUGCUCCAGUUUCCAGUGGGAGGCUUUCCAGACAGAGUAGGAGGGAUUCUUGUGUCUCCCUACAAGAGACUGAGCAAAGCACCAAUUGCAUUGAUCUUAUAACGAGCCUGAGGAGGGAUUCUUGUGUCUCCCUACCAGAAACCGUGCAAAGCACCAAUUAGUGGGGCCCUGCCCCCCGCCAGGUGGAGGAGAGGGACGACAACAACAAUAGAGUUUAUUGGACUGUGUGGAUUCGGUGGCCUGGUACGUCAGAACCACAUGAGUAUAAAGCCCUAGUAGACACUGGUGCUCAGUGUACAAUGAUGCCAUUGAAUCGUAAAAGGUCAGUAUCUGUCAGUAUUGAAGGAGUGACUGGGGGAUCUAAGGAAUUGACCGUAUUAGAGGCUGAAGUGAGCCUAACUGGAAAGGAGUGGGAAAGGCACACUGUUUUGACUGGUCCAGAUGCUCCAUGCAUCCUUGGUAUAGACUACCUAAGGAGUGGGUAUUUUAAAGACCCAAAAGGGUAUCGAUGGGCCUUUGGUAUAGCAGGUGUAGAGACUGAGAACAUUAAACAGCUUUCUAAUUUGCCUGGUCUUUCUGAUGACCCUCUGUUGUAGGACUGCUUAAAGUCAAAGAGCAACAGGUGCCGAUUGCUACCACGAUGGUGCACAGAUGACAAUAUCGCACCAACCGAGAUUCCCUGAUGCCCAUUCAUAAACUGAUCCAACAACUAGAGAGUCAAGGAGUGAUCAGUAAGACUUGCUCACCUUUCAGUAAUCCUAUAUGGCCUAUAUGGCCUGUUCCAAAGCCUAAUGGAGAAUGGAGACUGACUGUAGAUUAUCGUGGCCUAAAUGAAGUCACGCCACCAUUAAGUGCUGCCAUGCAUGUAAGAACUGCAAUAUGAACUGGAGUCAAAGGCAGCUAAGUGAUAUGCCACAACUGACAUUGCUAGUGCAUUUUUCUCUAUUCCUUCAGCAGCAGAAUGCAGGCCAUGGUUUGCCUUUACCCGGAGGGGUAUCCAGUAUACCUGGAAUCGACUGCCCCAGGGGUGGAAACACAGCCCUACUAUCUGCCAUGGACUGAUCCAGACUGCACUGGAACAAGGUAAAGUUCCAGAGCACCUGCAAUUGUGUCAGGACAUUGCUUCUCGACUAGAGAACCUGACUAUAAAAGAAUGGCAUGUGGAUGCCCAUAUGCCUAAGAGUCGAUCCACUGAAGAACAUCAAAACAACCAGCAAGCAGAUCAAGCUGCUAAGAUUAAAGUAGCUGAGGUGGAUUUGGACUGGCAACAUAAAGGUGAACUUUUUCUAACUCGGUGGGCCCAUUGUGCUUCAGAGCAUCGAGGAUGGGAUGCAACAUAUAAAUGGGCUCGGGACCGAGGGGUGGGCUUAACCAUGGGCAUUAUUUCACAGGUUAUCCAUGAUUGUGAAACAUGUGCUGCAAUCAAGCAGGUCAAAAGGUUAAAGCCUGUGUGGUAUAGGGUGCAGUGGUUGAAAUACAAAUAUGGGGAGGCCUGGCAGAUUGACUAUAUUAUACUCCCUAGUACAUGCCAAGGCAAGUGCUAUGUGCUUACAAUGGUGGAAGCAACCAUGGGAUGGCUGGAAACAUAUCCUGUGUCUCAUGCCACUGCCUGGAACACUAUUCUGGGCCUUGAAAAGCAAGUCCUGUGGCGACAUGGUACUUCAGAAAGAAUUGUGUCAGACAAUGGGACUCAUUUUAAAAAUAGACUCAUAACCUACUGGGCCAAAGAACAUGGUAUUGAAUGGAUAUACCAUAUCCCCUAUCAUGCACCAGCCUCUGGGAAAAUUGAGCGAUACAAUAGUUUGUUAAAAACUACUUUGAAGGCAAUGGGAGGUGGAACUUUUAAAAACUGGGAGAAGAAUUUGGCACAAGCCACCUGGUUAGUAAACACCAGGGGAUCAAUCAAGCAAGCUGGCCCUGCUCAGUCAGAGCUUUUACAAACAGUAGAAGGGGAUAAAGUCCCUGUGGUGCAUGGAAGGAACAUGUUAGAAAAAGCUGUCUGGGUUAUUCCUGCUUUGGGCAAAGGCAAACACACUCAUGGGAUUGUUUUUGCUCAAGGGCCUGGAUGUACUUGGUGGGUCAUGCUGAACGAUGGGGAAGUCUGACGUGUACUUCAAGGAGAUUUGAUUUUGGGUGAGAAUACUCAGUUUCAAACUGUAUGAGGGUAAUUGCUGCAUGACACUAACUGUGUUCCAUAAGUGUCUUUCAGGUUGAUGCAGUGGUAGUGACGAACCCUGAUCUAACCUCAUUGAGUGGCAUCCAGUAACUUGCCUGAGACUGACAUCUCUGACAAUACAUGGGCACAAACUGCACCAGAUUCUGCAUUAUCUCUCCUGCCUAGAGAGAGAGGACUGCUGUGAUAGAGAGACUUGCACUCAUGAACUAGUGAUAUGCAUACUUUUGUGUGUGCGUGUAUAUACAUUUGAAGACAGGCAGAAAGCAGUAGUGAUUUGGGUAUGACUCAAAUGGUAUGGAAUAAGGGGUGGAAUGUCCUGGUUUUGUUAAAAACAAGACCGGUUCUCUUUUAGUGAUUUUUCUUUCAGCUAAGUUCCUCUAGGUGGCUGUACUUUUCUGAGUUUUAGCCUGCAUAUUUUUCCUAGGAUGCUGUACUCAGUGCUGAUAAGAGACCAAUGGAAUGCUGAAGAAGCUCAUGUUUAGAUUUAUUACUAUGGUAGCCAAGAAAGACUGAUAAGUUUUCCCACGUUCCAUUGUGAAAGGGGCAUGUUUGAGGAGGGGUGGAUGGAACAGGUGACUAGAACUGACCAACUGAGGAUCAACAGAAGUAUUCCAUCCCAUAAUUGUCAUACCCCCUAUAUAAGAGGGUGAUCACGAGGAUCACUCUAUCUUCAACCAUGGCCGGCAUCUAGAGAGGACCCUGCCUCUCUGCCUGUGAUAUUCAGGCCUCAGACCCUGCAUCCCUGCAACCAGUUUCUGGUUUGCUGUGAAUUCCUGCCCAUGACUUCUGGGGGCCUGAGCUGCACCUGCUGGAGCCGCCAGCUCCGCACACCCAGCUCCUGCUGCUGGAGUGAUGCCAACUCCACAUUGAGCACUUGAGGGCAAGAAGUUACAAUGAUGAAUGACUGUGGACACACACUUCCUCUCAUCUGGUCCUGUAUCACAGAAACGCAUGGCUGAAGAGUGUUCAAGAAAUCAGGCAUUUAAUCCAUGGUCCUACCUCAAAUUAGGAUCAAUUACAUUUAUGCCAACCUUGUUAGAGUUUCACCCCAUGUAUUCUUAGUAACCUAAUUGCUUUACUUACACAUCCUACCGCAUUGCUCUCUAUCUGCCCUGCUGGAAGGUCUUCCCUGAUCCUGAAAAUAAAUUCUCUGUACCGCAAUUGAAGACCAUUAUUUAUUGUUCUAUCCACUCUGGACACAGAGAAUAUAAUGUACUUUUCUUCUUUGCUUACAGCUUCUUAGUGUUUUAAGACCAUAUAAUUCUAUGCUCCCUGGUCUUCAUUUUCUCACAAUAAACAACUCACUUUUCUCCCAUGUCAUGUUUCUUAAACCUCAAUGCAUUCCCUUUGAUCUUUUCUGGAUGCUAUUCAUUAGUGCCUUAAUGUUCUUCACAGUAUCACAGUAUGUUUAGGAUUGGA